AGUAUGAGAGGGACCCCAAAUUAAAAUCUGCGUAGGACCCCCAAAAAGGCUUGUGCCAGCCCUGGACGGAACUAAAAAUGCAAGAGUAUCCACGAAAAAAACAUGAGUUAAGACGAGACAGUGACCCUAAACAAACUAACCUAAAUGAGUUUCCUAAUGUCGCCGUUCUCUUUGACAGAACUUGGGCUAUUUUUGCAAGGAACCGUGAAUAUACGAUGCGUCUAAAUCCGCAAAACUUCCCAAAGAAUGUAUUUAUUUACAACUUAUGUUACUUUGUCUUUGCCAAUCAUAUAAAAUCUCAUUGAAAUACUUUAAAGUUUUUGGUUGUUUACGUGACAAAAUGUAAAAGAAACACUUUUUUCUAGAUAGAAACUGAAUCUUUGUUUUAUUUUGAAGGCUGCGAUCGGAAGUCCCCCUGAAAACCCUGCUUGGUUGUACAGUGAAUCGCUCAGUGUGUGUGUGCUGUUUGAGAGCGUGUGUUUCGGCUUCCUGCGCGGUGUCCGCACACCGUCCGUCUCGUCAGUGUAGAUCGGCUCACCAUGGCGGAAGGACGCAGAGAACAACCGCCUCAUCCUCCCCUCUCCUUACCGCCAGCAAGCAAGCGACCCUGCCUCCGCCCCGCACCCAGAGGUCCCGGGCCGGGGCCGGGGCACGGCAGCGGCUCGCCCGGCUCCCGGUAUCGCUCCCCGGAGUCUCUCCUGGACUGCGCCGCUAAAGCGGUAGCGGAAAAGUGGGCCUUUGAGAGAGUGGAGGAGCGCUUCGAGCGGAUUCCGGAGCCCGUCCAGCGUCGUAUCGUCUAUUGGUCUUUCCCACGCAACGAAAAGGAGAUAUGCAUGUACUCUUCGUUUCAGUGCAGGGUGGCCGGCGAGGAAGGUCCGUCGGCGGCCGCCGCUGGAAGUGGGGGGACGGGGUCCGGAGCUACAAACGCCGGUGGCGGCGCAGGAUCUACCGCUGGUGCAGCGGCUGCCGUGGGGGCAGCCGGAGUAGUGGGCACGGGAGACGGACUCCCUUUCCGACGGGGGAUCAGGCUGCUGGAAACCGGCUGUGUGGAAAAUGUUUUGCAAGUCGGGUUUCACCUGAGCGGCACUGUGACCGAGCCGGCCACAGCCUCGGAACCGGAGGUGACCCACAAGGUGGCAAUCAGCUUCGAUCGAUGCAAGAUCACCUCGGUCACCUGUGGCUGCGGGAACCGGGACAUUUUCUACUGCGCACAUGUGGUCGCGCUCUCUCUCUACAGGAUCCGCAAGCCUGAGCAGGUGAAGCUCCGGUUGCCCAUAUCAGAAACACUGUUCCAGAUGAACAGAGAUCAGCUGCAGAAGCUGGUCCAGUAUCUGAUCACUGCCCACCACACUGAGGUUCUGCCCACGGCACAGAAACUGGCCGACGAGAUCCUCUCCUCCAACUCCGAGAUCAACCAGGUUCACGGUGCUCCAGACCCGACUGCAGGCGCCAGCAUUGACGAUGAUAACUGCUGGCAUCUGGACGAGGAUCAAGUCAGGGAGCAGGUCAAACAGUUUUUGUCGCAGGGAGGAUACUACGGCUCCGGAAAGCAGCUGAACUCCAUGUUUGCAAAGGUACGGGAGAUGCUCCGGAUGCGGGACUCCAACGGCGCUCGAAUGCUAACGUUGAUAACGGAGCAAUUCAUGGCAGACCCUCGACUGUCACUGUGGAGACAGCAAGGCACAGGGAUGACGGACAAGUGCCGGCAGCUCUGGGAUGAACUGGGUGCGCUGUGGGUGUGCGUGGUGCUGAAUCCACACUGUAAAAGCGAGGAAAAGAGCGGCUGGCUGAAGCAGCUGAAGAAGUGGGGAGACAUGGACGUCUGCCCGCUGGAGGACGGAAACUACGGCAGCGAGCUUCCGAACAUCACCAACGCCCUGCCGCAGAGCAACCUCGCUCAAGACUCUCUGUCCAGACCGAGGCGGACGGUGUUCAGCCGCGCCGUCGAGGCGUGCGACCUCCACUGGCAGGACAGCCACCUGCAGAGGAUCAUCAGCAGCGACUACUACAUGUCUCCGUCCUACCAGAGGGAAGGGGAGAGCUUGCUGUUCAACCCACAGGGGCUGCCGCUCUGGCUAGACCACGUCCCGACGGCGUGCGCCCGCGUCGACGCCCUGCGAUCGCACGGCUACACGAGAGAAGCGCUGCGGCUGGCUGUCGCCAUCAUCAACACGCUUCGCCUCCAGCAGCAGAGGCAGAUGGACAUCUACAAGCACCAAAAGAAAGAGCUUCUCCAGAGAAAUGUUACCUCCACCACCAACCUGGAAGGCUGGGUGGGUCAUCCAUUAGACCCAAUCGGUUGUCUGUUCAUCACGCUCACAGAAACGUGCCGCAUGGAUGAUGAUAACUCUAUGGACACCGGAGAAGGCGAUCCUAGACCUCCGGUCUACCACCAUGUGCCCGUGUGGGGGUGUCCAGAUGUGGGGGAGUCCUACCUGACUCUGGCCUUGGAGGUGGCCCUGAUGGGCAUGGGCCAGCAGAGGAUCAUGCCAGAGGGACUGUACGCCCAGGACAAGGUGUGUCGUAACGAAGAGCAGAUCGUCUCCAAGCUGCAGGAGCUGGAGCUGGACGACCUCCUGGUCCAGACGCUGCGGAAGCAGGCCGUGCAGCUGCUGGAGGCCGGUCCGUUCAGCGGCCUCGGAGAAGUCAUCCACAGAGAGAGCGUUCCCAUGCACACCUUCGCCAAAUACCUCUUCUCGGCUCUGCUGCCGCACGACGCAGACCUGGCGUACAAGGUGGCUCUCCGCGCCAUGAGGCUUCCUGUCCUGGAGUCGUCGGCGGGCUCCGGGGACGUGGGCCACCCUCACCACGGCAUCUCCAUCGUUCCCAGCAGAUACCCGCGCUGGUUCACUCUCGGCCACCUGGAGUCGCAGCAGUGUGAGCUCGCCUCCACCAUGCUAACUGCUGCUAAAGGAGACAUGUUGAGACUGCGGACGGUGCUGGAAGCCAUUCAGAAAAACAUCCACUCUUCUUCCCUCAUCUUCAAACUGGCCCAGGAUGCCUUUAAGAUCGCCACGCCUGCAGACAGUCCGCCGGAUAUCACCCUGCUCAAUGUGGCGUUGGAGUUGGGGCUGCAGGUGAUGAGAAUGACACUGUCCACUUUGAAUUGGAGGAGGAGAGAGAUGGUCCGCUGGCUGGUAACAUGCGCCACUGAAGUCGGUCUGCGGGCAUUAGUGAGCAUCUUGCAGAGCUGGUACACUCUGUUCACGCCGACAGAGGCCACCAGCAUCGUGGCGGCCACCGUCAUGUCCCACAACACCAUCUUGCGCCUCAGCCUGGACUACCCGCAGCGGGAGGAGCUGGCCAGCUGCGCGAGGACACUGGCGCUGCAGUGCGCCAUGAAAGACCCUCAGAACUGCGCCCUGUCGGCUCUGACGCUCUGCGAGAAGGACCACAUCGCCUUCGAGACGGCCUACCAGAUUGUGAUCGAUGCCGCCUCCACGGGCAUGACGUACUCGCAGCUGUUCACCAUCGCACGCUACAUGGAGCACCGGGGGUAUCCGCUCCGGUCGUUCAAGCUGGCGUCUCUCGCCAUGACUCACCUCAACCUCGCCUACAACCAGGACACGCACCCGGCCAUUAACGACGUGCUCUGGGCCUGCGCACUCAGCCACUCCUUGGGGAAAAACGAACUCGCAGCCAUCAUCCCGCUGGUGGUGAAGAGCGUGCACUGUGCCACGGUGCUGUCCGACAUCUUGCGGCGGUGCACCAUGACGGCACCGGGACUGGCCGGCAUCCCCGGGCGAAGGAACUCUGGGAAGCUCAUGUCAACGGACAAGGCGCCGCUACGACAGCUUCUGGACGCCACCAUCUCGGCGUACAUCAACACCACGCACUCUCGACUGACGCACAUCAGUCCGAGGCACUACGGGGAGUUCAUAGAGUUCCUCAGCAAAGCACGGGAAACUUUCCUUUUGGCACAGGACGGCCAUAUUCAGUUCGCCCAGUUCAUAGACAACCUGAAACAGAUCUACAAGGGCAAAAAGAAACUGAUGAUGUUGGUCAGGGAGCGCUUCGGCUGACCUUAUCCCUGCCUCAGAGACCUUCUUUUUGGGAAGUAGUUAAACUUAUUGGUUUAUUUAAGUUUUUUUUUAAUUAUUAUUAUUAUUAUUAUUAUUUUGUUUUUGGAUUUUUACUUCUGUAUGUUGAGCCAUUUCUUGACCAAGUCUUACGUUUUCGUUGUGUUUCGUUUCUUGAAUGUGAACCAAAAAGUGUUCGCUGUACUUGCUCUACGUUAACCGUUGCUUCAAAAGACGGGACCUAAAGUGUCGCAGAAGUAACAAGGAAUCAAACUCAACCAAUUAAUAUUUUUGAAAUGAUCAGAACAUUAAAAGAAUGUUAUUAUAAUAGCAAAAGAAAUGUUUGCUUCCUGGUGGCUUGCGGCCAUUUUGGAUUGGGCGUGUGUGUAGUCUUUGUAGAGGUUAAGAAGAUUUGGCUUCUCAAAGUGAAGGGAACUUCAUCAAGAACACACAGUGGUUGAAAACGCACAGUGUUAAGGUCAUACCUCGACUGUCGGCUUUAACUCCUCUGUUAGGAAUUGCCUCUCAUUUCAUUCAGGGCUUCUUAGAGCGGAGAGGACGGAUAACACGGCUACCUGUUCUCACUAGUUGAACAUUUAAAUACCUUCACCUGCUGCAUGGUGAGGGUGACGCUUUACAGAGUGCAUGUUUUGAGGGUGACGUUCUGGCUGCAUUCGUUCCUAGUUUAGCCUUCGCGUGUACAUCAGUAUAUUCUUGUAUACACUGUAUGCUUUGUGUCAUCCUGUUAGCGACAUAAGAUGCCAUGUUUGAUGAGGUGAAUGCGCUCCUCGUGUCCUGAGAUGCCACUUCACUGCUAAUUCUGCUGUUUGUGGCCAAAGCUUUGAAAAGCGUAAAGCGUCACCGCUAACAUCAACAUUCAGUCAACGAUUUAAUUCAGGUAUAUCUUUUAGUUUCAUCACUCGGUGACAUUAAGCUGGCGAUCUUUGUGUCUUGUUGCGAAACUUUGACAACAAUUUUGGACCUGGAACUUGGUCGUAAAUCAGUUUGUCACCUGAAUCCCUUUUCCAUCACAAGAACAUUGGCUAAAACUGAGAAUUUUACCCACUUGUGUUGUUUAAACGCUGGGCAUAUUUUGAAAAUUUGCUGCCAAGAAGAACUGCUUAAGUAGUUAUGCAGUUUUCACUAUAGUUUCACGGGGGCAUUAAUGUGACUGAAAACAGCUAAAUUUUCAAACACUAUUGUUUAAGAAGAAGUCAACAAAUUUUUCUGUUCUUGACUGGUUUAGCGCCACCCUUUGAAGGACAGUUGUAUUGUCGCCAUGCUCAGGUAUCAGUCACACAGACUAAUGAGGAAAUUUACAUCACGUUUAGUGGACAGUAAGGUAUUAGGCUAACAGUACCUUACUACCGUUAGCAUCUUUUUAAUGCUAACAGUAGCAUUUAGCUAAAUCCUUUACCUCUAGUUAGCCCUCCUACCUUAACCACUUGAAAUAAUUGUUUGCUAGUUAACAAAGUUGUUUGACAGUUAUUGUGUAAUUACAGUAAUAUAAAUAUAUAACCCCUUAUAUUCUGCAUUUAAAAAGUCUCUAAUGCUACCUGUUUUCCCACCAAACAUUUUCUCACCAAAAUUUGCUACUUGACAAAAUGUACUUUUUUUUUUUUUUUUUUUGUUUUGGUUUUUCAAAAGAAUAUUUUUUUUAAAGUAUCAAGUGAACAUCCAAAAGUAAGAUUCCUCCAAGAUCAUUUUUUUUAAGAAAAUUUUUUUUUGCAUAUUUUUGCUACAUGUACAUUAGCUAACAAUAUGUAACGCACCAGUGUCAGAACUUAAUUUUUGAAAAUUGACCCCCCCUAAAAAUUAAAUCUAGAUUAAAUCUACUUUUUGAUAGAGGGCCAAUAUAGCAUAUAUAUGCUCAAAAAAAUUCCCUAACCUUAUGAUUUGACACAUUUCACAUCCAUGUUUGAUUAAAAUCAAACAUGGAAAAAUGAACAUGGCUGUGUAAAAUUAUUAGGGCUAAAUAACCAUAAAAUGUGUUCAGUUUUUUGUUCUUGUGAUGGAAAAAACUGUGAACCUUCCUGUGAAUACUACUGGUUUGUAUCAUUCUUUACUGUGAAGACGAGUGGCCUUUCCCCCCCAAAGGUUUCAGAGAUGCACAGUGAACCACACGGAUUACUGUAUUUUGUCGCAACUUGGUGCGUUCAUUGUAAGUAUUGGAGACCUCGUGGCUCGGCACGGUUGGUUACCUUCUUCACGGUCUGCUGUCUGACCCGGUGGCAAAAUGUCAUUUCCGAUGGCAGCCUAAACAAGAGCUUAAGUCUUUAACUGAUCAGACUAAAAUAUACAAGCACUUCACACAGUUACCUCUUCAGUACGUUCCUGCCUGCUUCAGCAUUUAUUUAUUGAUUCUUUUGUGACUUUUUUUUUUAAUUUUUAAACUUUUUUUCUAAUCACUGAGUGAGUUUGAAAUGGCAGACACACAGAAUAAGAACCAGACUGUAUUUAAAUAAAAGAGGCUACAUGAGUAGAAGGGUUCUGGAACAGAGGGAUAUAUAUAUAUUUUUUCCUAUCUGCUUCGACAUUCCACGAGAGCAAACUUUUACGAACUGUACCCGGGUAAGUCGGUCAUGAUAACUGCGCCUUUUUCAGAUCAGGAAAAAUUGCAGAUAGACGAAUGGGGGGGAAAAACUGAGGAGGGAAAAGAGAAAAAGAAAAAAAAGGCUAAACUCAGUUCUCAGGGACAUCACUUAAAGAAACAAAAACAAAAAAUAGUAGCAUUAAGCAUUUAAGAUAUUGUAAAUAAUAAAGUGUCAAUUGAGAAAAUUGUAAAGUUCUAAUUAUUUAUAAUGAGUAUGUUAUGUGUUUUAUUUUUUUGGUUGUUUUUUUCGGCGGGGUGUACUUGAACUGUUCUGCGUGGGGGAAAAUUUGACGCCGUUUCUUUUGUAAGAGCAAAAAUUUCAAGGCAUUUCUCAGGUGCUCCUGUGUACUUUUUUUUUUUUUUUUUUUUUUUUUGCUAAAAAAAAAUAUUCAUUUUUAUUCCGUUUGCAA